CUUCUUGCCUGUGUUCAUCGCACUUACGGACGCACCAUAAAAACAUACUACACCAUUUUCGCCUGGUCAGCGUUCGCGUUUACUGCAUCUUAGACUUCUGUGAUCACCAUCCGCAUCCACUGAUCGAACACUAAUACUUUCAUGACUGGAUAACUGAAUUUUGGCAGACGAGAGAAAGCGUAAAAACCUGUUUUCACGUUUGAGAUUUGAUGUGUGUGAUUAGUACGGUUCGAGUCGAAGAGAUAAGUACGGUUGUACAUUUAUUAGAAGUGGUGUGUCCGGUGUUUCGAUAUUUGUUUCACACAUUUUAAGGAAAAAUCAUUUACGCUAGUAAGUCUAAAAUUUGGUUUCGUCGAUUAAGUAAGGAAACAUCACAAUUUAUCAGCACAACUCUGUUUUUUGUCAAACGGACUACAUUAUGAAAGAAUCAACUAUGCAUAUAAAAAGUUUCUAUAAAAAUAAAAAUAUAUUCAUAACUGGUGGAACUGGGUUUCUAGGUAUCGCUAUUGUAGAAAAGAUAUUGAGAUCAUGUCCCGAUGUAGGUGGUAUUUAUCUGCUAAUGAGACCAAAAAGAGGAAAGCAAAUUGUAGAAAGGUUGAAGGAGCUUACAGAAAAUGCGAUAUUCGAAACGAUGUUGCAACAAACUCCUUCUGAAGUGUUUUGUAAGUUACAUGCUGUUGCUGGCGAUGUCGGAGAAGAAAAUUUAGGAUUGUCUCCAGACGAUAGAUUCACGCUGGUGAGAACAAUUGAUGUUGUAUUUCAUUCUGCGGCAACAUUGGAUUUUCAAGCUGCGUUAAGACCCACCGUGCAAAUUAAUUUAUUGGGUUCACGGAGAGUAAUGCAACUUUGCACUGAAAUGCAAAAUCUAAAGUGUAUGGUACACGUGUCAAGCGCAUAUGUAAAUUCAUACCUGAAAGAGGCUGAUGAAAAACUUUAUCCAGCACCUGAAAAUGCAGAAAAAAUAAUUGAUUUAGUGAAUACUUUAAGUGAUGAAGCUCUAGAUCAGUUAACUGAUAGGUUGUUAAAAGAUCAUCCAAAUACCUAUACCUUCACUAAACACCUGGCUGAGCAUGAAGUAAACAAAUGUGCAACAUUAUUUCCGUGUGGUAUUGUUCGCCCUAGCAUGAUCACUGGAGCAUGGAAAGAGCCUGUGCCUGGAUGGACCAUUUCUAAAAACGGUCCACAAGGCUUUCUUAUGGGUGCUGCUAAAGGUGUAAUUAGACGAUUACCGGUGGGAACUGAUCUUAUAUAUGAUUACAUUCCGGUGGAUACUGUCGUUAACCAAAUAUUAGUUACAGGAUGCUACAUAGCUGAUACUAGGUCCAAAGAACUCACCAUUUACCAUUGUACAUCAAGUACAUGUAAUCCCUUCCGAUGGAACUCAGUUAAAGACCAAGUCAAUGAAUACCUGCAUAAAUAUCCUCUAAAGUCUGCCAUUUGGUACCCACAUUUGAAGUUUUUGCCGAGCUUAUGGUUGUACAAAAUAUCAGCCCUAUUUGUACAUUUCCUUCCUGCGUAUAUUUUGGAUUUUAUCCUGAAAAUAUCCGGUGGUAGACCAAUGCUGGUGCGAUUACACACAAACGUUUGGCAAUCACUCAAUCGACUCGAAAAGUUUAUCUUCAGUGAGUGGAAAUUCAGUAAUAGGAACUCGUUGGAACUGAGCAAUCGUUUAUCAGAGGAGGAUGUGAAUGAUUUCAAUAUCAAUAUAACUAGUUUACAAUGGCCUGAAUAUUUCGUUACUCUCGCACAAGGGGUAAGACGUUAUCUUAACAAUGAGCAUCCCAAAUCAUUGGAAUCAGCUCGAAAAAAGGAUUUUGUACUCUACAUUGUACACGUGCUUUUCCAGCUUUUUAUAUAUUUCUUAAUUUGGAUGGCAGCUUCUCACAUUCUAAGUUUACCACUUCUAAAUUCCAUAUUCGUAGUUCCUAUAGCAUAUUUCUUGUUACAGUUAUUCUAGAAUAAUGUGCUGUAAUUUGGAUUGGCGAAUCUAUAAGUGAGGUUAGAGUGAAAAUUUGAAUUGUGUUGGUGAUAGGCAGAAAAAAAAAUAAACUCAAAGGAAUAAGCUA